UCCGGGUUUCGAGCCAUCCUCGAGCUUCUGCUGCAAUGUCCCAAUCACUGCGUCCGUACCUGCAAUGCGUGCGCACGUCGCUCACAGCUGCCCUCUCCCUUUCCAACUUCGCUUCCCAAGCCUCCGAACGACACAAUGUCCCCGAAAUCGAAGCUGCGAGCUCUCCCGAAGUCAUCCUGAACCCGCUUACCGUCUCGCGAAAUGAGAACGAGAGGGUGCUCAUCGAGCCCAGCAUCAACAGUGUGCGGAUAAGCAUCAAGAUCAAGCAGGCAGACGAGAUUGAGCAUAUCCUGGUGCACAAGUUCACGCGUUUCCUGACACAAAGAGCCGAGUCGUUCUUCAUUCUGCGGAGGAAACCAAUCAAGGGUUACGACAUCUCGUUCCUGAUUACGAACUUCCACACCGAGGAAAUGCUGAAGCACAAGCUGGUUGACUUCAUCAUCCAGUUCAUGGAGGAGGUCGACAAGGAAAUAUCCGAGAUGAAGCUCUUCCUAAACGCACGAGCACGUUUCGUAGCUGAGUCUUUCCUUACUCCAUUUGAUUAAGCAUGCAUGUUGAGCGAAUACUGCACAUUCUGGCGCCAGGGCGAAGGAAAUAGCUACUUUUCACCACAAUUAUUAGAAGACCGAGGUACCCACAUAAAGACACUUCUAUCCAAGAUAGCCUGUGUGGAUGAAAGCCUAGGUCUGCACCAGUAUCCAAAUAAAAAGAACUGCUCUCCACAAACCUUCUCUUAGCUGCCAAGCGAUGUAAGUUAACUUGAGACUUGGAAAUAGCAACUCGCAGGUCAUUCUUUCCAAAGUAACAGAAC